GCUGCGGAGAUGUGCUGAUGUGAAGUGGGAGUCAGCGGACAGAAUCCGUCCCUCCCUCCGUGAGAGAAAAACAAAAGCGCAGGGAAAUAAAAAAAAUAUAUAUACAGACCUUACUGUAGACCGCUGUAUUAGACUACAGUAAUGCACUUCUUUAGUAUUUCCCUCUUGUUGGGAUACAAAGGGACCUCUCUCCAAGUUCUAUGCUUCCGCCGUUCUUCCAGCGUCGCCAGCUAGUCAGUGAGUCCGCUAACACGCUAGCCAGCUGAUUAGCUAAUACAUGUUCCACCGUUUACUUUUGGAUCUAGUAACUAGUGACGGUAGUUCAGCUGCUGGUCAGUCAGACAGCUGGUCUGUGCGGUAAUCUCUACAGUUCGGCUCCACGUUCAACUAAUAUCUUUACGGAAACUGACAACAAAAUGGGUGCGUUCUUGGACAAGCCAAAGAUGGAGAAGUUUAAUGCGCACGGUGAGGGGAACGGUGUGCGCUAUGGCCUGAGCAGCAUGCAGGGAUGGCGGGUGGAGAUGGAGGACGCGCACACAGCGGUCAUUGGACUUCCCCACGGCCUGAGCUCAUGGGCGUUUUUCGCCGUUUACGAUGGACACGCUGGCUCCCAGGUGGCGCGGUACUGCUGCGAACAUCUGUUGGAGCACAUCACCAGCAACCCAGAUUUCAGAGUUGGAGGCCCAGGCAGAGGCAGCGAAGUUAGUCAUCCUGAGCCGUCGGUGGAGAGCGUGAAGAAUGGCAUUCGCACAGGUUUCCUGCAGAUCGACGAGCACAUGCGGGCUAUGUCAGAGCGCAAGCACGGCGCUGACCGCAGUGGCUCUACGGCCGUGGGAAUCAUGAUCUCUCCGAGCCAUGUCUAUUUUAUUAACUGUGGUGACUCGCGGGCGCUGCUGAGCCGUGGUGGCCGGGUCCACUUCUUUACUCAAGACCACAAGCCAAACAACCCUUUGGAAAAAGAGAGGAUUCAGAACGCAGGCGGUGCCGUUAUGAUUCAGCGGGUCAACGGUUCUCUGGCUGUCUCUCGUGCUCUUGGCGAUUUUGAUUACAAGUGUGUGCAUGGCAAAGGCCCCACAGAGCAGCUGGUAUCUCCAGAGCCUGAGGUGUAUGAGAUCGAAAGAGAUGACGCCGAGGAUGAGUUUGUAGUACUGGCCUGUGAUGGAAUCUGGGACGUCAUGACCAAUGAGGAACUAUGUGACUAUGUGCGCUCACGGCUAGAGGUGACCGAGGACCUGGAGAUGGUGUGUAACGAAAUAGUGGACACCUGUUUGUACAAGGGUAGCCGUGACAACAUGAGUGUGGUACUGGUAUGUUUUCCAGGUGCACCCAAGAUCAAUCCAGAAGCCGUGAAGAGAGAAGCAGAGCUGGAUAAGUACUUGCAGAACAAAGUAGAAGAACUCAUUAAGAAGCAGGGCGUGGACCGCAUUCCAGACUUAGCCCAUGUGAUGUGUGUGUUAGCAACGGAGAGCAUCCCCAACCUUCCGCCUGGGGGAGAGCUGGCCAGCAAACGCAGUGUUGUAGAGGAAAUAUACAACAGACUCAACCCAAACCAAAGUGACAGCACAUGUGGAGCCACCAACUGGGGCAAUGUAUGUGGAUCCUCCAGGCUCUAAAUCCUAAAUUCUUUUUAAACAUUUUUUUUUCAAGAAAAAGGCACUGAAAUCAUCAUACAAUAACACCAAGGACUUCCAGGUUUAAGUCUACUUUAAGAAGAUCUGCUGCUACCUCCAAUUACACACUUUCUAUACUGCCUUAAAUACUGUCUAAGAAAAGACACCUACAAGUAUAAUAAUGAGGACAACAGAAGUCUGCAAACUUGUAUUAUGUAUAGAGUAUAUGUAGCAUUUGCUGAAAGCAAUUCCUACUCAAAAAAUAAUUGUAGAUCAAUGUAUGGCCCUUAUAAUAACUUUCUUGGUGAAUAUAAGGAAGAAAUCUGGUGUAUGUUGCAAUUGCUCCUACUCAUUGCAUGUUAAAAUGAUUCAAUAUAAAGUCUUGGUGAAUCAGUAAGAAGUAUAUAUUCUUAAUUUUUGAACUUUCUUUUUUUCCCCCUGUUCAGCAUUUUGCAAUUCAAUGUGACUCUCUCAAUCAUCAGUGAAAUGCAGAAAAUGAAUGCAAUACCAGAAUGCAUGAGGUGGCUUGGAAAACCUGUCAGGUGACAAUGUGGCGGAAAUAGAAGUGAAAAGUUUCCUUUUUUGCAAAUAUUAAUAUGCAGAUUUUUUUAAUCAUCUUAAAUAAUUUACGAGAAAAAAUAGCAAAGCACUUUCAGAUCACAUUCCACUAUAUUAAAUUUAGUUGAAAAAUUAUUUAGUAGUUAAGGGGAACUGUGGAAGUCAAGGCAAGAUCUGGAAGAUAAAUAUUUUAGGAUAGAAUUUUCAGUAUGCUGGCCGAAAAGCAAAGCAAAAUCUCCAAAUCACAGCAGUGACCUGCUGGAAGAUUUAAAAUCUUGCCUGAUUUAUGCAAAGCAACAUCAUAAAAAAACAUUGUCAUGGUGUUACAAAGUACAAUGGAACCUUGGCAUACGAAUGCCAUUCCCUACGAGUCUUCACCUUAAGAAUAAAAAUUUUGCAAGAAAUUUGGAUCAGCAUAUGAAGCUUUCGGCAUGUAAACGAUCCGAAUGCUGGCUAAGUUGUGUGUGCGUAAAAGAAUAACGGGUACCAAGAGGAAUCAUAAAUUAAGGUUAAGUGAGGUUCAAUGUCUUUAUUUUAUAUUUUACUUAAUUAACAUGCCUUUUCUAAAUGUUUUUAAUGUUUUUAUAUGCAAAAAUAUGAUUAUAGUGUUAAAAAUUGGUAAUAUCAGUAAUAUUUUUCGUGUCCCGAAGGGAUUAUCUGGAUUUAAUUGACUGCUUAUGCAAUUGCUUAUACAAAUUUCUGCCAGAGGGAAGAAAUUACACUGUGUUACAAAGUACAGUGAUUCAUAUCACAAUACAAAUUUUCACUUUAGGAAAAUUCACCUUUAGGACGAAUUUAAUUUAUAUGCCGAGGUUGUACUGUACUGACUAAUUAGUGUUCAAACUUUAGAACGUGUCUCACUAUUACUAUUUUAUUUUCUUUUUAAUAGAAUCAGUUUUAAAGUAAGUGUUUUAACAUUAGCAUUUUAACAGCGAAAUAUGCCAUUUUGCCAUGGGUCCCCAAGGUUUUGCCUGCAAUUAUAUAUAUAUGCAUAAUAAAUGGCACAGUUUUCACUAUGCCAUCCGUAUGGUGCUAUCCAGUGAAGGAAUGUGCCAUUUUGGGAAAUCUUCUCUUCAUAUAAUUACUCAGCAGUCUACUAUUGCAAAGUUUCUACCUCUCAAACGACUUACCUCUUUUUGUGAGUGUUGUUGGUUUAUUGUGGUUUUUGCUUGCUCAAAUAUUAAAUGAACAAUAAGAAGCUCUCUAUAGUAAACAUCAGUAUCAAUGAUUUCUCAGUCACUGUAUUAGUGUAGUAGGUUCAGUAGGUUGUCCUUUGUUUCUGUCACUAGUCUGCCACUCACAAAAUGUUGUGGAUGAGUAUUGGUCCCUGAUCAUAUCGAGACUGUUUGCUUACCCUUUGCUUUGAACAUCAAAAGAAGAGACCUUGACUCUUUGUGGCUAAAAUAAGCUCCACAUCUCUUUGAAUGUGUGUAAGGCAUACACAGCCAUAAUUGAAUGAUGCUGACAGUGUUGUACAAUACCUUAUAAUGCAAUGAAACUUGAAUCUAGAUUUCUUGUUAACAUAAAUAGUAGACUUACUUUGUUGUCUAGUAUUUUAAGCUGGUCCGUAGGGGUAAGUGGGGCAAAACUGUACCAAAUAUAUCAGCUGUAAAAAAAAAAAAAAAAAAAAAAAAUCUUUAUAAAGUCUUCAUUUUAAAUUCAAUUUGUUUAAAUUCCAUUAAAAUAAUUGUGUUUUUGAGACACUAAACCAAUGUUCCAUCAAUUUGCCUGCCUUAUGUAGAUACUGCAGGGCAGCAAUUUCAGAGACCCUUUUAGCACCAUGGUGUUAUUAUUGCACCUAGCGGUCAAAAUGAGAACUGCAACAAGUCCUAAUAGUGGUCCAUUGCAGUAGGCAUCUUGCUGCCUCAUGCUUACUUUAUUAAUAUUUUCAGUGGAGCAACUGACAGUACUGUUAAGAACUGCAGUGACGGUGGAAUAUAUUCUGCGGACCCCAAGAUCUUGUUCUUGUUUUAAAUCUGAAAUAAACCUCAUUAAUUUCCAUGAACAAAUUCUUAGUGCAGGCAGUGUGUUUUUUACAGUACAUAAAAAAGAAUUUCUUUUGUAACAUAUGUUGCAAAAAUUUGGAAAGGGAAAGGAGGAUUUUGAAAUGGUAUUUUGUGCUAAAAAUUCACUGGAUAGUAGCUUAUAGCCUAAGUCAUGUGUGACAGCCUCUGGGCUUUAUUUUGUUUAAGCCUGUGUGGUUAAUUCUGCCAUCCUCCACCACCAAAUCAAUGGUCAUGAGCUGCUGAUUAUUGAAAGUGGGAUGUUCUCUAUUAUUUUAAUGGUUGAGGGAGUUUAUCAGCAAUUUUACUGUAUAUUCUUUUUUUUUUAUAUAUAUAUUUAAAGCACUACAUGUUUCAUAGUAUCUCUGUAUAAAACAGUUUUAUGAGUACCGUUGCUUUUACUAAUGAUGCCAGCUUAAACUAUGUACACUACAGUAUGUGGCUUAAACUUUAUGGAGACAGGGCCAUCAUACCUGUAUGUUUUUGUUGAAUGUCCCAUUCCAAAGUCAUCCUUCUUGUGUUAUAACAGGCUCUGCUCAUCUAAGCAGGCCUUUCACUAGUUUUUAGAAUACACCUGUGGGGAUAAGCCUAGCUCUCAGGCCAUUCAAGUUCUUUAAAAACUGAUCAUGGCAACCAAUGUCUUAGUGAAGCUUUCUUUAAUUAAUCAUACUGAAGCAGGUUUGGGCAUCUUAAUUACAUUAAAGGGAAGUCUUGAAGCAGCAUCAAAAGACAUCCUAUACAAUUUUGUGUAUAUCAACUUUUUUUGGGAAGGGCCCCUCAUGGGUGUAAUGGUCAGGUGUCCACAUACUUUUGGUUAAAUGUAUAGUGGCAAUAUCUGAAAAUACUAAUUUUACAUUUUUUGUAAUCUGUCUGCCGUCAUGUGUUUGCCUAAUAAAUGUUGACUAUUACGUUUGCAAUGACGAAGAAUAUGAUAUUUAUUCAAAUAUAUAACUUGUUUUUCUUGCACUGUGUUUGGCUCUUUUUAAAUUCAUAAUAAAUUAAACAAUUUGUCAAGCA